AUGUUUAUUCUCGCGCCCCCCGCAUCGCUCGCUUUUCGUACAAGGCAUGCACUACACCGGAAGGUUGCCACCGUCAGGUGGCGUGCUUGCACAACGCCCGCCAUCAAUUCGCGCCCGAGGUCUGAAACGAGGAAUCGCGACGUCGCUAAGAGAAAGGUCGCCUUGUUGGUCGCCUACGACGGAGCGAAAUACCACGGCCUGCAGCGGAAUGCCGGCGUUGACACAGUUUCAGAUGUCCUAGAAACCGCUCUGCAUGGCGCAGGCGCCAUCUCCGAUGACAACCUCGGCUUUCUGCCAAAGAUAAAGUGGCAAGUCGCGGCCCGCACGGAUCGCGGCGUCAGCGCCGCGGGGAACGUCGUGUCCGCAAAACUUCUUUUCAACAAGGAUGAACAGGAAAGCGGCGCUGCCUUUGAGCUGACCACCGCGCGCGUCAACGCCGAGCUCCCCGACCAUGUGCGACUGUUCGGCAUCAAGUACACGACCAGCAGCUUUUCGGCAAAAGCGUCUUGCGGAGAGCGCUGGUACGAAUACAUGUUGCCCUUGUCCGCUUUGCGUGGUCACAAGUCACUCGCACAAUUUCGUGACACUCUCAACCUCUUUGAAGGGUCUCAUCGUUUUCACAACUACACAGUCGGCCAGGAUCACACCAUUCCUCCGAGACAACAGGCUAUGCGCUACAUCACAAAGGCUACCUGUGACAUGGAGCCGGUCCAUCUUGAUAGUCCUUUGCUGACCGAUCACGCACAAUCACACUGGGUCCGAAUAUAUGUAAGAGGUCAAAGCUUUAUGCUGCAUCAAAUUCGCAAAAUGGUGAGCGCGGCAGUACUCAUUCACAACUCCGAUGCCCCCGAGGAUACCGUCCAAAAAUCCUUUGAACAAAACGUAUUAAUCAAUGUGCCCCCGGCUCCAGCUGUAGGCCUUUUCCUUGACUGCUGUCACUUCCGGUGGUACAACGAACGACACAAGGAGCGGCUUCCAGAACCUCUCUCACUUCACAGUUUUGAGUCCGCCCGCGAAAAGUUCAAGCAUGAACAUAUCUUUCCUUCAAUUGCUCGCAGGGCCGCCGAAGACGAUGCUUUAGAAGCAUACUUUCGCACAGCAGAGAAACAUCCCAUUCAGUUUUCAUAAAGUCCAACAGAACAAUAUUUUGUCCAACUCUGUUGGUAUGUCGCUGAA